GCCGGAUUGUUCUGUAUAGCAAGUUUGCACUUAAAACCAAGCAUCAGUUAAACUUAUUCGCGGUGUUUGAUGCCGAUAAUCAACUUUAUAACCGGCUAACUGCGCUAGCCUGUGUCACAUAAUGGGUUUUUUGUAUUGGGAAGCAGGAGUGAGGCUCGCGCAGGUGUAAACACACACGAACAGACAAAAAACAGACUCAAUCUCAGCCCUAAACAACACUUGAAAUGCUGGAUUGUGUUUUAUGAGGGAGUCUAAGUCGACAAAGUUCUAAUUUGUGUAGGUAAGUAAGAUAAAUCUGCACUGAAUUAUCGAGAGAACGACAAUGUACGAGAACGUACCGACAGGUAUCACUCAUUUUGUGUCUGCUUCCGAGCGGCAGCAGGUGCUCCAGGCCUUGGAAAGGCUGCAGUCCAAGCUGGUGCAGAGAGAAGAGUGGACCCACAGCGACAGGCUCGGCACGCUGAAGGAAGCCCUGCAGAGCCCUCUGUUCGGCCACAUCCUCACCCUGCAACACUCCGUCAAACAGCUUAAAGACCAGUUAAACAGCUUGCCUCCGGACACAUGCAGUGAGUUCAGUUUCUCCAGAAAGGGCCAGCUGAUCGUCAGUGCCAGUCGUCCGUCCAGUAGCCUGGGAUCUGUGGUGUCCAAUGGUACAGCUUCAACUAACGCAUCUUCUGAGCAGCUUCAGAGAUGGAUGCAUGCAGCAGCAAAGGGCCGGAGGAUGGAGCUCAUCAGCCUGCAGAAGCCAUUGUCUGGAGGCCUGGGUUUCAGUGUGGUGGGCCUGAGACCAGAGGGGGUGGGCGGCCAUGGUGUGUUUGUCAGACAGGUGCAACCAGGGAGCGUCGCAGACAGGGAUGGAAGAUUGCAGGAGAAUGAUCAGAUUCUUGCAAUUAACGGGAUUCCUCUGGAUCAGAGCGUGACGCAGCAGCAGGCCAUCGCUCUCCUCCAGCAACAGAGAGACCGAGUGGAGCUGGUGGUGGCCCGAGACACUGCGGCCAAACCCCGUCUCUCCACAUCUGGGCCCAUUCAGACGGAUCAGUGGGGACAUGUGGAGGAGAUCGAGCUGGUGAAUGAUGGAUCUGGCCUGGGAUUUGGGAUUGUCGGAGGCAAGGCAACUGGAAUGGUGGUCAGGACCGUGGUCCCAGACAGUGUGGCCCAUAAGGAUGGGAGGCUGAGAACAGGUGACCACAUCCUGCGGAUCGGUGAGACGCUCACUCGGGGUCUGGCCAGUGACCAGGUGGUGCAGGUGCUGCAGGCCUGUGGUACCCAUGUGCGGAUGCUGAUCGCACGAGACCCACUGGGGGCAGCCCAGCCUCCACCUCCACCCGCCCCCGCCACUGCUCCCAUCACCUCCCUGCCACCUCCACCUCCUGUGCCAGCCCGCAGGAGCAGCAAAACGCCGAAUUUGGAGGGCUACGAAAUCCACGAAGUUGCGUUAAAAAAGAAGGAGGGCCAGAGCCUUGGGAUCUCUAUAAUCGGAUACAACGCUUUGACCACUGAGGAUGCGGUGGGGGUCUACGUGAAGAACGUGGUUCCAGGCAGCGCCGCUGAGCAGAGCGGGAAAAUCCAUGUCCACGACAGGAUAAUAGCAUUGGAUGGCGUGAACCUUCAGGGAUUCACCAACCAGGAAGUCCUAGAGGUAAUGAAGCGGACAGGCGAUAUCAUACACCUUACCCUCAUUAGGAAGAUCACCUCGCCCAAGAGGAUGGCCGUAGAGAAAUCACUAGAUAAAGUCCAGAGAGAGUCGUCACGUGUGUCUCUGAAGAGAUCGUCUGAGAUCAAGGCGCGGGCGGAUCAGAGGGGCUCUGUGGUGGAGUCGAUGGACCCUGCUCUGAGUGGGAUCAAACAACAGCUGCAGGAGAAAAUGCAAGAGCCGGCCCUGCUGACGGAGAUGGAGCUUCGUGCUAAAUGGGAGCAGGCGCUUGGUCCGCAUUACGAUGUUAUGGUUGUACAGCUUGACCCUGUCAUAGAAGAUGAUAUUGAGCUACAGAAGUACUCCAAGCUUCUCCCAAUACACACGAUGCGCUUGGGUGUUGAACUAGACUCUUUUGAUGGACACCACUACAUUUCUACAGUGGCUCCUGAGGGCCCGGUGGCAAAACAUGGGCUACUUCGACCAGAGGAUGAACUUCUGGAGGUGAAUGGAGUGCAGUUGUAUGGGAAGUCUAGGCGAGAAGCUGUUGCGUUUCUUAGAGAGGUUCCUCCUCCAUUUACUUUGGUUUGCUGCAGACGCCUCAAUGAAGAGGGCAGCGAAUACCACCCUGAAUCUGAAGAGUGGCACUCAUCCAGCCCCUCAGCCAGCCUACAGGAGCAGAUUGAGAAUAACCUCUCCAUGUUGGCCAAAGAUACAAGUCUACGUAACAGUAUGAGGGAAGAGUUACAGGACCGUCAGGCAUUGGCAAUGGAGCAAGAGGUAGACGAUGAAGGAGAGCCUUUAGAGUCAAGAAGCACUGAGAGAGAGCAGAUGGACGAGGACAAGGAUGACGAAGAAGAAAAAGAAGAAGAGGAGGAGGAUGAAGGGGAACUGGCUCUAUGGUCUCCGAAUGUGCAGGUGUUAAAACUAGAGAAAGGAGAGCGAGGUCUUGGCUUCAGCAUACUAGACUAUCAGGACCCUCUGGAUGUUGCACGCUCUGUGAUCGUCAUCCGUUCUGUGGUGCCUGGAGGGGUAGCGGACACUCACGGUGGGCUCCUUCCGGGUGACCAGCUGGUUUUCGUCAAUGACACCCAUCUAGACACAUGCUCUCUGGCCCAGGCCGUAGAGGUUCUCAAAUCUGCUCCACCAGGGAUAGUCUACCUUGGAAUUAGGAAACCGCUGACAGAGGACAGAAGUAGUGGGCAGCAGUCCUCUUGGUCUGUAGAGGGCGCCGACGAGCAACCAGUGGCAAAGCAGGCCUUCAGCCACGCUCUCCCAUCUAUGCCAGAGGACUUUGGAAAUGUCUUGUCUGAUGACCUGGACGAGGAGCCAGAGCUGAUCCUUGACGCUGAGCCCCGCUAUGCCUCUCCCCUCACCACUGUUGAUCUCCUGCCCGGCCUGGAGCGAGAGAUGGCUGUGGAUGAAGAUGAUGAAGAGCAGGAGAUGGACACUAUGAAGGAUCAAGGGAGCUCCAAGGUCAAGGACGCUUCAUACCUCAGCGAGGAGACCCGUUCCUGGGAAAAACCAAUGACAUCCAGCCUCUACCAGUUCAACACUCAAGCUGAUUCGCAAGAACAGUUUGCUGAGGUGAACAAUGAUCUUUGCACAAGCUUUGAGAAGAUUCAGCUGCAGUUCUCACAAAUUCCCCUCAGUCAGUCUGCCUCAUGGGUGGAGGCAGCAGACAGCGGGGCAGACUCUGACUCCAGAAACGAAGGCUCAGAACUUACCUUGACCGACACUGACACUGAAUCUGUGCAGCGGACUUCCUCUCACAGCAGGAAGAGAAGAAACCAGGGCGCUGCCGGACCAAUCAGAGGAGGCCACAGUGAUCUGCCAGAAAGAGAGGAGGGAGAAGGUGAGGAGACGCCUGCGUUCAGUCACUGGGGUCCCCCACGCAGAGUGGAGGUGUGGUCAGAGACACAGGAGUCUCUGGGUAUCAGCAUAGUGGGCGGACGCACCGUUAUAAAGAGGCUGAAGAACGGAGAGGAGCUGAAGGGCAUUUUCAUCAAACAGGUGCUGCCAGACAGCCCAGCUGGACGCACGGGUGCCCUUAAAACAGGAGACAAGAUCUUACAGGUUUCUGGAGUGGAUUUGCAGAAUGCCAGCCAUGAGGAGGCAGUACAGGCUAUCAAAGCGGCGCCCAGUCCCGUAGUCUUCAUCGUGCAGAGCCUGUGCUCCACUCCACGGCCUGCUUCGGUGACGGCCUCCAGCAUUAGACAGCACAAGGCUAAGAGGAAAGCCGCCCAGCAGAAAGCAGGACAGACCAGUGUCCCUCCACCCAUGCGCCUCCCCCCGCCUUACAGACCCCCCAGCCAAGUGCAGGAGGAGGAGGAAGAGGAAGAGAGGGAGGAUGAAGAGCAGGCUAAAGAGGUGAUCAGGCAGAGGUAUGCAGACCUGCCAGGAGAGCUGCUGAUCGUGGAACUGGAGAAAGAUCGGAAUGGCUUGGGCCUCAGCCUGGCCGGGAACAGGGAUCGCUCCUGUAUGAGCAUCUUUGUGGUGGGGAUCACCACCGGAGGGCCGGCCAACCGCGACGGACGCAUCAAAGUGGGCGACGAACUGUUGGAGAUAAACAACCAGGUGUUGUACGGCCGGAGCCACCAGAAUGCGUCGGCCAUAAUAAAAAGCGCUGCAUCAAAGGUCAAACUCGUCCUGGUCAGGAAUGAAGAUGCUCUCAAUCAAAUGGCUGUCGCUCCUUUUCCUUCCCAGCCUUCCUCAUUCUACUCCAGUGAGAUGCAUCAAAAUACUCCAGCAGUUCCAGUUCCAGUUCCAACAGAGAAGCCACUGUUACCCGAAAGCCUCCCUCUGAGCAGAAGCUCACCUGAACCGCUUAUAAUCAAGGAUCAACCCAGCGUGGCGCCGACCGUGAGCCCCAUGCAGAGAGAUCAGACGCUGAAUAGUUUUAGAGAUGGAGAGUCAUCCUUAAAGAAGCUGAAAUCAUCAGAGAAAAUAUUGGAGUCUCCAAGUGAACAGCCGCCCAAGCCUCAUGUAGAGCAGAUCACCAGUCUUCCAAAAAUCCAGAGGAAUUCCACCAAGCCCUCAGCAGGUUCUCUGGAGGUCACCUCCUCGGGAUCAUCCGCGCCAGUCUCCGGCACCAGCCCCGACUUUGAGUACUGCAGCAAAGACCCUGCUACAUGUCCCAUAGUUCCAGGACAAGAGACGGUUAUUGAGAUUUCUAAAGGCCGGUCUGGACUGGGUCUUAGUAUAGUCGGCGGCAAAGAUACCCAGCUGGAUGCCAUAGUGAUUCAUGAAGUGUAUGAGGAGGGGGCGGCGGCACGGGACGGUCGACUCUGGGCCGGAGAUCAGAUUCUCGAGGUAAAUGGAGUGGACCUGCGCAGCGUCGCUCAUGAAGAUGCAAUAGCUGCUCUACGGCAAACACCGGCGAAAGUGCGGUUGACUGUCCUGCGUGACGAGGCACAGUACAGGGACGAGGAAAACCUUGACGUGUUCCAGGUUGAACUUCAAAAGAGAACCGGCCGUGGCCUGGGCCUGAGCAUCGUCGGGAAGAGAAAUGGUAAGGGUGUGUUCAUCUCUGAUGUGGUGAAGGGUGGAGCGGCGGAUCUGGAUGGCAGACUGAUGCAGGGUGAUCAGAUCCUGUCUGUGGAUGGAGAGGACAUGAGACAGGCCUCACAGGAGACCGUCGCUGCCAUUCUCAAGUGCGCCAGGGGCAAGGUGCUGUUGGAACUGGGCCGACUGAAGGCUGCCUCCUGGAUCUCUUCCAGACGCACCUCCCAGGGAAGUCAGAUGAGCCACGUGAGCGCCAACAGCAGCACCCCAACCCCCACGCUCCCUGCUGUGGCCCCGCUCCCUUCGCAAAGCCUCAACAACAACAGCCGAAAUUUCACAGAGCCCAACAAUAAAAGCACAGGAACAGAGCCAGGCAUUCGGACAGUGGAGAUCACACGGGGUCCCACCGAUGCUUUGGGUGUCAGUAUAGCUGGCGGUAAGGGCAGUCCGCUGGGCGACAUCCCCAUCUUCAUCGCCAUGAUCCAGGCCAAUGGUGUGGCAGCCAAGACACAUCGCCUCAAAGUAGGCGACAGGAUUGUGAGCAUCAAUUCUCAGUCUCUGGAUGGCUUGACUCACGGAGAUGUUGUAAAUAUACUGAAGAAUGCUUACGGCACCAUCGUCCUCCAGGUGGUGGCUGACACCAACAUCAGUGCCAUAGCCAGUCAGGUGGAGAGUCUGUCCAGUAGCUCCACCCCCAGCACCAACCCAGAGGUCCGGCCGGUGGAACCAGAGACGCCCAAGCCAAAGACCAUCACUCUGGAGAAGGGCUCAGAGGGGCUGGGCUUCAGUAUCGUUGGCGGCUUUGGGAGUCCACAUGGAGAUCUUCCCAUCUAUGUUAAAACAGUCUUCAGCAAGGGGGCAGCGGCGGUGGACGGGCGUCUGAAGCGUGGUGACCAGCUGCUGUCGGUUAACGGAGAGAGUCUGGAGGGCGUCACACACGAGCAGGCAGUGGCCAUACUGAAGAAGCAGCGGGGAAGCGUCACGCUCUCUGUGCUCUCCUAACAAACACACUAAGGACUACAUCUACUGAAAACACACACAUUCCAUUCACACAUCUUAAAGAGACUCUUUGCAUCUUUACUUCCUGAUAUGGAGACUGUUUGCACUCGAUCGUUUAAACUGCACCUGUUACUGUUUGUGCACCUGGUAUAGAAAUCAAUUAGAAAAAUACUCAUAAAGGGAAAUUAUUGUAUCGUCUUUGUCUUAGUCAUGGACAUGUAGCCUCUCCACUGGCGAAUGUGAGCGGUGAAUUAUGGGGCGAUAUUACGAUGAUUAUUUGAUGAAAUGAGUGCUGGUAACUCAAGACAAGGAGGAAAAAUUGCUGUAGUAGACACACACUAAUACGCACACUUUAUCAUUUCAGUGCACAUACGACAACUUCUAAUGUGGUCAUCCUGAUUUUGUUUUGUAUAGUUAAAACGCAUACAUACUCGACAAACCCAACUUAUUUUUUAAGAAAUUAGAUGGAUUUUUCCAAUAAAUGUAGAGUGUAGAUGAAUUCAUGGACGAGCGUUAAUAAGGGACGAUAGACGUGCCUUGAAACAGGCAGAUCCGACUGUGCUGGGAUGUUUUGUUUAGCUAGUAUUAGAUAUUAGGAUCAUUUCAAUCAAAUCUUUACAUUGCAGGGUAGUUUUGUGAAUAUUUCAAAAUUAGUUCCAAACUCGUAUGACUGACUUCUGUGCAGCUUAAAAUUAGAUAUUUUGCAGAAUGUUCACGCUGCUCUUUGCCAUACAAUGAAAGUGGAUGGGAACUGGAAGGUUUGAGCUUCAGAAAUGACAAAAAUAACCAUAAAGGUAUCACAAUGACUUGUAUGUUACAGUUCAACUCUUCAGAAGUUGUUCGCUAGCUUUGUGUGAGGAAUAGACUGAAAUUGUAAUUCGUUUUUCAAUUUAAAGCUCUUCACACAAAGCUAAUAUUGUAAGUCAUUUUUCACUUGCAAUCUUUCCUUAAAAAUUAAAAUUUCAAACAGUUCUUCACACAAAGCUAUUAUAUGGCUUCAAUCAUCUUAAAAUUUUUGUCCUUUUUAGAGUGCGACUGUCCCAGUCCCCAUUACUUUCGUUGUAUGGAAAAAAGCAGCGUUAGCAUUCUUCAAAAUAUGUCCUUUUUGGCUCCACAGAAGAAAGUAAGCCAUACGGGUUUGGAAUGACAUAAAUAAUGAGCAUUUUAAUUUUUGAGAGAACUAGUCCACUGUAUUAUGUUGCUAUUGUGUAUCGAGAUUUCAAAAAUGACAGAAAUCCUUAUGAAUAACAUAGUUUUUUAUUACAUUUUUGUAAUUCCAUUUGUAAUUCAAUUGCACAUGUUUGUCAUUUCAUUGUAAAUAUGUAAUUUAUUUCCUUUUUAGGGUUUUUUGCAUCGCUUUUGUCUUCAUGAAGAUGUCUCGCGUAUCCUAGUUUGACACCGUGUGUGUCUGUGUGUCACAAUAUGAGGAUAUCCUGUGUCAGUCUCUGUCCUAGAGGAAGUGUAGCAGGCUCUUGAGAGACUAUCAGGCCUCUCCAGGUUGUAGACAGCAUAUGGAAGCCUCGUCCAGACCGUCUCCUCCACUAGGAUUUCGUAAGCACAUCCUCAUACUAUGCCUCUUGAAUUCUCGUGCCAUGUGGACAGUGUGUUCUGAACUGUCCAGCGCUAUGUCCCUUUAAAAAGAUUGCCUGUCUUCCCCUUUAUCCUCCAAGAAAAUGCAACACCCCAGUCUGCUACCUUCUGCUUGAUCUUACAUUUGGGCUGUGAACCACAAAAACUGGCUUGAAUCAUAUCAAUUCUUCAACUGACUCAGCGGUCGAGAUUAACGCUGUAGUAACACCUUUAUAUCGGCCUUUUUUCUGUCAGUGUAAUGUUUUUAAAGUCCAAAGAAACCCUUUAGUUAACUUCAUACAUUAGAUACAGAUCUAAGCCUGAAAUAAAACUGAUUUAUUAACAUUUACAAAAUGAUCAAGUGGUUAUUAUGGUCUGUGACUUUAUUUUGGAUAAGUAGGAUUUAUCAGAAAAUAAAAUAAUUUUAAUUUUAA